CUCAUCUGACGUCACACACGUUAGAUUUGAGCAGUCCAAGAUGGCGGAGGUGAGCGGGUUGAGGAGCAGAAAUCACUUCGAGCCCAACUGCAAAAGCCGAGUCGUUGACGAAGGCUUGAGUGGUGUGGAAGAUGUCCACAUUGCACGGCAAAAGAAGAGGCCUCCUUUAGCCCAGCCCGAAGACCUGGAGGAUGAUUUCCCCCCCAGGACCUCGGCCUCAAACUCGGGCAAAAAUACACUCAUCAGCCCCUCACCAGAUGAAGAGACUCAGGAAGAAGAGGCCGCGAUGGAGGAACAGAAGGCCAGGCCCAUCCAGAUCGUCGUGACCAACGAGAACGAGCACAGCUUCGAGCUGGACGCCCCCGCGCUGGAGAGGAUCCUCCUGCAGGACCACGUCAAGGACCUGAACGUGGUGGUGGUGUCCGUGGCCGGAGCUUUCCGGAAGGGCAAGUCCUUCCUGCUGGACUUCAUGCUGCGCUUCAUGCACAGUCAGGGUAAGUCGUGGAUGGGAGGAGAUGAUGAGCCGCUGACUGGCUUCACUUGGAGAGGAGGCUGCGAGAGGGAGACCACAGGAAUUCAGAUCUGGAGCGAAGUGUUUGUGGUCGACAAGCCUGAUGGCAACAAGGUUGCUGUGCUGCUCGUUGACACUCAGGGAGCGUUUGACAGCCAGUCCACCAUAAAGGACUGUGCCACUGUGUUCGCCCUCAGCACCAUGACCAGCUCUGUGCAGGUGUACAAUCUCUCCCAGAACAUACAGGAGGACGACUUGCAGCAUCUGCAGCUCUUCACAGAAUAUGGCCGCCUGGCAAUGGAAGAGAUUUGUCUGAAACCUUUCCAGUCCCUGAUGUUCCUGAUUCGGGACUGGUGUUAUCCUUAUGAACACAGCUACGGACUGGAAGGUGGAAACCACUUCCUGGAUAGAAGACUACAGGUGAAACAGAACCAACAUGAAGAGCUGCAGAACGUGAGGAAGCACAUCCACUCCUGCUUCUCCAACAUCGGCUGCUUCCUGCUGCCUCAUCCCGGCCUCAAGGUGGCCACCAACCCCUACUUUGACGGCAGGCUGAAAGACAUCGAUGGGGAUUUCAAAAUGGAGCUGGCCAGGCUGGUUCCUCUCCUGCUGGCCCCCGAGCGUCUGGUGGAGAAGGAGAUCGGAGGAAACAAAGUCACCUGCAGAGAUCUCCUGGAGUACUUCAAGGCUUACAUAAAGAUCUACCAAGGGGAGGAGCUGCCUCACCCAAAGUCCAUGCUGCAGGCGACAGCAGAAGCCAACAACCUGACUGCUGUGGCAGGAGCCAAAGACAUGUACGCCAGGAACAUGGAGCAGGUCUGCGGUGGGGACAAGCCGUACCUCGCCCCAACAGACCUGGAGCGUUUCCACGAGGACUUUCGCGAGCACUCGGUGCGUCACUUCCGCUCCGUGAAGAAAAUGGGCGGCGAGGAGUUCUGCCAGCGCUACCAGAACCAGCUGGAGGGCGAGCUGGACGAGACCUUCUCCAACUUCACCAAGCACAACGACGGCAAGAACAUCUUCUACACGGCACGCACGCCCGCCACGCUCUUCGCCGUCAUGUUUGUCACCUACGUGGUCUCCGCGGUGACGGGCUUCAUCGGCCUCAGCACCUUGGCGGCGUUGGCUAACCUGGCGAUGGGCGUGGCGCUGCUGUCGCUCUGCGCCUGGGCGUACGUGAAGUACAGCGGAGAGUUCAGGGAGGUGGGGACGCUGAUAGACCUGGUGGCAGAGACCCUCUGGGAACAGGUUUUGAAGCCGCUCAGUGAACAUUAUAUGGAAGACAACGUCAGACAGACGGUGGUUAACUCUAUCAAAGCCAGCUUGACAGAAUCGGGCUCGCAGCGAGUCAGUGAGUUAAAGACUCACUGACGCUCUUCCUCCUCCUCCCCCCCCGCCAUGUGCACCGCUAAAUGUGAUCAAACCUAGAACUGUGGAACUAAUUCAACACCAAAGCUGAUCCUCUUUUAGCCCCUUCCCCAAAAAGUCCUCCAUCAUCUCAUCGCUGCCACCGUCUCUAUUUGCUGGACCUGAUGCUCUCUGUCUGCUCUACAUCGCCCCCCAGUGCCUCAGAGCAGACGCUGUACCUUUUAAUAUUAAGAGGACCGAGCAGAGAAGCCUCUCGCCAAAUCAGGACCUGAAGGCAUAUCCUCCGGUGUGCCAUGCUGUAAAAGAUGCGUCUUGUAUUGUAGGCACACGCGCGCGCACACACACACACACACACACACACACACACACACACACACACACACACACACACACACACACACACACACACACACACACACACACACAUUGUUGCUGGUAGCGUACUACACUCGCUUCAGAAUUGAGCUGUAAUUCAGGGAAAAUUGACAACGCUGUGGGCAGCUGUAAUCAACAAACGGAUGCAAAAUGAAACGGUUUUGUCCAUUUAAUAAUUUGUGUUGUCUUAUAGGCGGGAGCUCGAUUUACUUCAGUCUGUUAAUUAACACAUCCUACAAGCACAAGUAAUUUAGCGAAUAAUAAUGAGCUGACUCACGUGUGAAUUUUAUUAUUUGAUUCAGGAAACAGAUUUUUAUUGAUUCUACAUAAGUGAAAGUAAAUGUAAAGUCAUGUUAUUUACAAUCUGGAGAGGCAUGAACAGUCAUGUCUGUCCUCAGAAGAGUGCACAAAUCAAAGUACUUCACCUGCCUGCCUCCAUUCAUUCACUGCUCACACUCAGUUUGUCACCAGGUAACAUAAUCCCACUCUGGGCUCCGGUUGCUUCUGUCUCUCUUUCUCUAUUUUCUGAUUGUAAUCCUGAAGAGAACUAUAGGAAGCUGCGAGCCUCUCAGCUGAUUUUGACGUGUUUUUAAUUGUAGGACUGACGUGUUUUAUCUGGCCUUUAGUGUCCCGCAGCGGACCGCCAGUGUUUGACUCUGCAUGGUGUUAGGAGCUACUCUGUCAUAGCGCUAAACUAGCUAAGAGCUUUUAGGCAGCCAGGGAGGACCGACAUGUUGAACCAUUUCAUGAAAGCUGCACGAGCUCUAAAUGUUUCUCGUUGCAUUUUAAGGACUUUGAAUACACUUGGAAGCCUUCUUUUACUUCCAGGGAGUUAAAUUAAUAUAUUUUUAUUUAGUUCAAACUCCUAUUUCACAUUUCAUAAAGGAAUAAUUUACCAUUUUGGAUAAUAUGCUUAUUUGCUUCCCUGAGUCAGAGUUAGGUGUGAUUAUUGAAGCUGUUUAUAUGUUGGAUUGAAAAUAAAACUGCAGCCAAAAGCUAAUGCUGUUAGCUUAACGGGGUGAAACUUUCGAAAUUAAAUAAAUUGGCCUGUACCAGCACAUCCAAAGCUCGACAAUCCACAAUAUAUGUCCUGUCAGUUGAAUUUACAAUUUAAAUGUGUUAAGUAAGCUUUAGAUGUGUUGACCAUGUUUUACUUCUUUCUUUUGAACAUGCUAGCCGUUUCACCUUAAUGCUAAGCUAACUAGCUGCAGUUUCACAUUUACCUGACAGACACAAGACUAGUAGUAUCAAUCUUCUCAUGUUACUCAGGAACAAAGUGAUGAGUUUAUACUGCAAACAUUGUGAACUAUUCCUGUAACCGACGAGUUAAGAUUGUAUCCACUGCCUCUCUUUCUGGAGUCGGAUGAAUAUUUCGAUUUCUCCAAUACUGAUAAAAUAGACCUGGACCCAUCUUUAUUUCUGACUUGUUUCUCUGCUCUUUUCGUUGAUUCCAUCCACAUUUCUGAACUGUACAGCCUCUCUCUUUCUGUGAUCACAUAGUACAAAUCGGGCAUGUAUAUGUUGGAUUAAAUAUUUAAAUAAACUUUGUACAUUUUUAUAGUGAAUCAGUGGACAAUGGCUGUUUUUUUCCUUGAUCAACCUAACACCAGUCUGUGGUUUAAGAUGGAUAAGUUGCUGCUGUAGUAGGGUUUACAUAGUUUAUCUCCUUCUCGUUAGGACGGACGUUAUGUGGUGUGAAUAUUUUGAUUCUGAUAGGAAAAUGUUUUGAUUGUGACGAGUGGCUCGGAGACAAUGUCUGUCUGCCUUUUAAAGAUGUCUCCGGUAAUUUAUUUUUGAAUAAAAUGUUUACCUUAAGAAUAAAUCAA